GCAAGAACAACUAUUAUGACGUCUGUUACCAAACGAUUAUGUGAACCUUCUUUUCAGGUGCUGAAUAACAUCUCUCCUUCCUGUGUUACCUCCCAUAUCUCUUUCCCAGUUUUCAUAGUUGACACUGUAAAUGUAGUCACAUUGAAAGAAAACGUGCUUUACGCAAUGGCGGCAUCGUCUUGUGCGAGUGUCGUCUACAAACUUGGAAAGACUUUAUUUGCACCUUCAUCCUAUGUAACCAGGUGGUCUUUGAUCCCUUCCAGGGGUUCAAUAUGGAGUCCAAGAUAUUUACCUCCAACAAUCUCUAAGAAAGAAUUAUCAGAAGAGUUAGAUGAAACAGACGAAAGAAAAUAUAGCCCUAUCAAAGCUGCACGUAAUGAAGAGACAACUUCCAUUUUGUAUGAUCCAGUUCUUGCUAAAUUCACUAAUAUGGUUAUGAGAUCAGGAAGAAAAGAUGCUGCUGCUUUAGUUGUUGAUGAGAUGUUGGAGAGCAUAAAAAUAUCCCAGUUAGAAAAAUAUCAUAAAGCCUCAGACGAAGUAAAAACUGAAAUUGUGUUAAACCCAGUUACAAUAUUCCAUGAAGCCCUUGAAAAUUGCAAACCAGUUCUAUAUCUAAUGAAGGUGUACAAAGGUGGUGUUCGAUAUAAUGUCCCAGUAUGCUGUCCUCCAAAAAAGCAGACAUUUCUGGCAAUGAAAUGGUUGGUCCAGAAUUGUCGUGACAAAGAGUGGAAAGCGAAGAUGUCAUAUAAGUUAUCUAUAGAAAUCUUAGCUGCUUAUAAUUAUGAGGGACGGACGAUAAUGAAGAAACAAGAACUUCACCGGCAAUGUGAAUCCAAUAAAGCAUAUGCUCAUUUCCGUUGGUAAAGAAAAAACGAGGCAAAACUGAAUUGUCCAUCUAAUCUACUAUGUUAAAUAUACCGUAGUUUGAAGUAACUACAAUACACCAAGAGGAAACGUCUAUGGACUGUUUACAUAUCAACUGAAAAGAUGAGCAGUAGAUGUGAAUACAUAGACAUAUGUGCAUGGUUUGCUUGAAGGAAAAACAGCACUGGGACAGAAAGUUUGUGUCCUGUGAAAGGUUCUGAUUUGUUGUACAGCUAUUUGAUAAAGAAAUUUAAAUAACUGUAGAGUGAGAAAAAAAAUGUUUGUAAAUUAUAUUAUGUAAAUAUACUGGUAAUUAGAUAAAUAUUUUUAGUAUUAUUUGUUUUGAAACCUGAUUUUAUUUCUUUAUAUUUUUUUAAGGUCAGUGGCAUAACUGGUAGAGUACUGGAUAAAAUACUUUGUGAUAAUUAGUUUACUGGGGUAUAACUUAAUUUUUCAUUCUUCCUAACUAGUCAAGUUAAUUAAUUGUACCCUCCUAACAUAGGUGUUAUUUCUGAAAUUUUAUUUCACAUUUUUUUGGGAAAUAUCAACUAGAUAAUUUUACAAAUUUAGUUGGCAUGAAUUGUUUGAAUAAAUUUGAUAUUGUUUUUUUCUCUUUGGUACAACUAUAAAGUGAUAUAUGCUCCUGUAAGUGUUUAGGAGGAAAUAAAACAAAGAAAUUAUGACCUACAAAAACAGGAAAAAAUGCCUGACUUAAAAGAAAAGAUCAAAGAGUAAUAUGAGUAUAAUUGGUAACAACAGAAUUGCUUGAAUCCCAAAGGUGAUGGUUAAACAUUCUGUAGUACUUUUGUACCUUUAUGUUCUGAAUUUAAAUCUCACUUGUCAUCUUUGUUUUCAUCCUGAGAGUGGAUGGUCGGGGGUCAGUACAAUAAAGCACCAGCCAACUACUUGAAA